UGCGCACGGCGGUCACCCUGGUAGGGGGCCAGGCCGAGCUGAGCGGUGCGACCGGGCUGGGCACCGGGGUCCCCGCUCCAGCCCCUCCCGGGCCGCCGGCCCCCGUCGCCCCCUCCCGGUGCCUGCGGUCCGCGCGCCGCCAGUCUCAGCCCCUGCGGCUCCAUCCCUCCGGCGCGGCCCCAUCUCCAGGCGGCUCCAUCCCUGCCCAGCCCCGGUGCCGAUCUUGGCGGCAGAACCGCCCGGUGCGGGCCAUGGCGGCGGCGGAGGCAGGCGGCGCUGCGGCGGCGGCGGGGGCCCGGCGCGGCCCGGGCGGGGAGCGGAGCUAGGCGGGAGGCGGCCCGGGAUGGCCAGGAUGAACGUGGCCCUCCAGGAGCUUGGACACGCCCAGAUGCCCAACUACAAGCGUGCCACGCUGCAGGACGAGGAGGGGCCGGAGCCAGCGGGGGAUGGCAGCGCCUCUCCCGACAGCGUGGAGGUGGGGUUUCGGAAGGGGCCGGGGACGCUGCUGAGCCGCCUGGCCUCGCGCAGCCAGCUGGAGCUGGUGCUCUGCGCCGUCGCCGUCUCCUUGGCCCUGCUGCUCAGCGUCGCCGUCGUCACUCUGGCCAUUCAGUACCGCAGAGGCAUGCCUUCCCUGCCAGAUCCCUCUCACAGCACGUGCCUGACGGAUGCCUGUGUCCGGGUGGCCAGCAAGAUCCUGGAGGCCCUGGAUACAGAGAUGGACCCAUGCCAGGACUUCUACCAGUACUCGUGCGGAGGCUGGAUUAAGAGGAACCCGCUGCCCAAUGGGCGCUCCAAGUGGAGCACCUUCAACAGCAUCUGGGACCAGAAUCAGGCCAUCAUGAAGCAUCUCCUAGAAAACGCCACCUUCAACUCCAGCAGCGAGGCAGAGCGGAAGACACAGCGGUACUACCUGUCCUGCCUCAAGGAGCAGAGGAUAGAGGAGCUGGGCUCCCAGCCCCUCAUGGAGCUCAUCGAGAAGAUUGGGGGAUGGAACAUCACCGGCUCCUGGAACCAAACCAGCUUCAUGGAGGUUCUCAAGAGUGUGUCAGGCACAUACCGCGCAACCCCCUUCUUCACGGUGUAUGUGGGUGCAGACUCCAAGAGCUCCAACAGCAACAUCAUCCAGGUGGACCAGUCGGGGCUUUUCCUCCCAUCCCGGGAUUACUAUCUGAACAAGACUGCCAACGAGAGGGUUCUGGCAGCGUACCUGGACUACAUGGUGGAGCUGGGCACACUGCUGGGGGGCACCCCAGAGCCCACCCGCCUCCAAAUGCAGCAGGUGCUGGACUUUGAGACCCAGCUGGCCAACAUCACCGUGCCCCAGGCUGAGCGGCGAGAUGAUGAGAAGAUCUAUCACAAGAUGAGCAUCGCUGAGCUGCAGCUGCUGGCCCCUGCCAUUGACUGGCUGGAUUACCUGUCCUACGCCCUGGCCCCACUGGAGCUGGCGGACACGGAGCCUGUGGUGGUGUAUGGGGACACCUACCUCCAGCAGGUCUCUGACCUCAUCAAUGACACUGACAGGAGCAUCCUGAACAACUACCUGAUCUGGAACCUGGUGCAGAAGACGGCCUCCAGCCUGGACCAGCGCUUCGAGACAGCUCAGGAGAGGCUGCUGGAGACACUCUAUGGCACCAGGAAGUCCUGCACGCCCCGGUGGCAAACCUGCAUCUCCAACACGGAUGACACACUGGGCUUUGCGCUGGGCUCCCUCUUCGUCAAAGCCACCUUUGACCGGGACAGCAAGGCCAUUGCUGAGGAGAUGAUCAGUGAGAUCCGUGCAGCCUUUGAGGUGUCCCUGGACCAGCUGGACUGGAUGGACGAGAAGACCAGGCAGGCUGCAAAGGAGAAGGCAGAUGCUAUCUACGACAUGAUUGGCUUCCCUGACUUCAUUCUGGACAAUAAGGAGCUGGAUGAUGUCUAUGAUGGGUAUGAGGUCUCUGAGGACUCCUUCUUCCAAAACAUGCUCAACUUCUACAACUUCUCUGCCAAAGUGAUGGCCGACCAGCUCCGGAAACCCCCGAACCGUGACCAGUGGAGCAUGACCCCACAGACUGUCAAUGCCUAUUACCUGCCCACCAAGAACGGGAUCGUCUUUCCUGCUGGGAUCCUCCAGGCUCCCUUCUACGCCCGCAACCACCCCAAAGCUCUUAAUUUUGGUGGCAUUGGCGUGGUGAUGGGGCACGAGCUGACCCACGCAUUUGAUGACCAAGGACGGGAGUAUGACAAAGAGGGAAACCUGCGGCCAUGGUGGCAGAACUCCUCUCUGGAGGCCUUCAAGAACCGGACGGCGUGCAUGACGGAGCAGUACGGCCGCUACACCGUGCACAGCGAGAAGGUCAACGGGCGGCAGACACUGGGCGAGAACAUCGCUGACAACGGCGGGCUCAAGGCCGCCUACAACGCUUACAAGUCCUGGCUGCAGAAGAACGGGGAGGAGAAGCGCCUGCCAGCCCUGGGGCUUACCAACCACCAGCUCUUCUUCGUGGGCUUUGCGCAGGUGUGGUGCUCCGUCCGCACGCCCGAGAGUUCCCACGAAGGGCUGGUGACCGACCCUCACAGCCCCGACAAGUACCGUGUCAUCGGCACACUCAGCAAUUCCCGGGACUUUGUCGAACAUUUCGGCUGCCCCCUGGGCUCCCCCAUGAACCCCGGCAAGCACUGUGAGGUGUGGUAGGGACGGGGAGGGUGCCGGGGACAGAGGGGAUGAUGUUCUGCUGUGCCCCCCCUCCCCACACCUCAGUGGCAGCCGGAGCAGAGAGCAGUCCCCCUGCUGUGCUCACACUGCACACCCCACACUGCACCCUCCCCGGCACACACGGCCCCACACCAGGCACCCACCGCAGCCCCAUCCACAGCUUGGGGCUGGACACGGCCGGCAGAGAGGCUGUAGCACCCCCAAAACGCAGCUCUGCCCCAGAACCCCGAUGUGCUUGAAUCGGGCACAGCUCAGUGUCCCCUGCGCUGCGUUCCCCCUUCAGGCGGGCAGGUCCAAGGGGUCCCAGGGAAAGCACCAGAGCCAAGAUCCCUCUGCUCCUGCCCCUCAACCUGCCGGAGAUGGAGGCGGGGGGCCACUCGGCUCCGCGCUUCCCUCGUCCCCUCCCCACCCCAGCUUGGCUUCCCCAUCCACUCUGCUGGGACCAGCGGGCGACAGCGGGGACUCUGGUGCCUUCAGCUGUGGGUGGCUGUCGCCGAGUUUAUUUAACGAUUAAAAGCAGUUUCCACUUACUCCAGCAGCUCCGGGUGCUUGGCCGUGUCGGGGCGGGGGGAGAGGUGGGAUCUGGACCGCUGUGGGGGGGUGACUCCAGGGCUGGGGACGCGUGGGAGGUGAGACAUCCCGAGGGAGGGGAGCGGGGAUGAGAAGUGUGGAUGGACAUUCCUUGAAUGAGGGAAGCAGAGGUGAAGAACGCAGCAAGGCCGGUGGGGACGAGUCAGAGCAGUCCCCGCUAAAGCCCAGCCGGGAGGUCCCGCUGCCUUCCGCGCGGAUGAUGCCAGUUUGCGCCGAGCCUCCACUCGGAGCGUCCGGGCCCGCUCCGGCCGGUUCCGCCCCGCACAGCGCGGCCCCAGCCCCAUUCCGGGCUCUCCCGAACUCCACGGUACCGGGACCCCGCGGGACGCCUCGGGCACGGACAGAGGCGCUCGCAAGGACUGCUGGGAGUCGUGGUUCUGCCCGCGGACGAUGCAGGGCAUGACAG